AUGACGGAAAUUACACCGGAUGAGCCGGAUUGGCAUGAUUGGCCAGAUCUUAACCAACUGCAGAGGCUAUCCGACAGAGCAAACGGUCUCUUCCACUAUGCCGCAACUGCUCUUCACUGGAUUGAACGGCGGAUUGUCGAGGAUGGAACGGCGUGUCGAGAGAGCGUGUUCAAGGAAUUCAGCGAGGGGGGCCUCAACGAGCUUGAAGAUCUGUACAGACUCAUCUUGACAUCAUGGGAGAACGUCGGCACGCCUUCAAAAGACAAGGACAGACGUGCUACUCGACUAGAUGGCUUUCAGCACGUCAUAGGAACCAUCAUCGUGCUUCAAAAGCCAUUGCUCGUUUGUGAAAUCAUUGCGCUACUUUCUGAUAUACCCAAGGACAAGUUUGAUGUCACCAACUUCCUUCGGCAGAUGCGCAGCGUUUUGAUUCCGGGCACCACGACGUCGUUCGAUCACGCUACGCCACAGAUGCACAAAUCCUUUCGUGAUUAUAUCACAAGCGGGCGUGCACCGCUUGGAUUCCGGAUCCUGACUGGGGAUGCACACUUCAAGGUUGCAAGGAGCUGCUUAGACAAUAUUGUGAAAGCGGGGAGCCAGGGUGAUAAUGGCAAUGAGUAUGCUGUUUUCUAUUGGCAUAAACACUUGCGGGAAGCUGGAGUGAGAUGUGAUGAUAAGAUGAUGUGGAAACUGCUGGGUGAAAUGGUGAAUGAGAGGGUUGUCGGUGUGUGGAUAAGAAAAGGGUAUUGGGCAAACAUGUUUCGGUCUGUGGCCAACACUGGGUGGAAGCUGCUGAAGCAAAAGACAGAUGAGCAAAAGUUGGUGCUGAUGAGUGAGAUGUUGGUGAAAAUAAAGUUGGAGUUGCGGGAGUUGCGGGAGGAGACCACCCUUUGUCUCCUCAUUUCUAGGAGACAGACAAUUGUGUGUGCUUUCUUCCUUUUGUUUAUCACUACUAAUAUUCCAUCUUUCUGGAUGAAGCCAUAUGCUAAAAUCUGGGUUCAUGGCCUUCUUGAGACCUGGAAGCAUUACGAACCAGUGGUCUUGCAUCCCAACAUUGUGGAAAUGCAUGCUGAACUGAAUUAUCAAUAUAUAGUGCAGUAG